GAACCUUCAGUCUCAUUCUCAAACUCAAACUCAACAAUCCUGAUCUCAACUUUUCCCUCUCUUUCUCCCUCUCUCUCUCGAUCUCUCUCUCUCUCUUGGUAGCAUAUACUAUACACAUAUCUAGCUAUUUUGGUCCAAAUUUCAUUAUAAUUACCUCUAAUUAUUAACAUGGACAACCUUCAAAAAUGCAAAGCAAACUACACAGCACUCACACCUUUAACGUUUUUGAUGAGGGCUGCUGCAUGCUAUGCAAACAGAACCUCAGUGAUCCAUGAAGGAACCCAUUUCACUUGGGCACAGACUUAUGAGCGUUGCUGCCGCCUCGCCUUCUCCCUCCGAGCCCUCAACGUUGCUAGGAACGAUGUUGUAUCGGUGCUGGCCCCUAACAUCCCCGCGAUGUAUGAGAUGCAUUUUGCAGUGCCCAUGGCCGGUGCUGUUCUCAACACCAUCAACACCCGUCUUGAUGCCAAGAACAUAGCCACCAUUCUGCGCCACUCUGAAGCCAAAGUCUUCUUUGUUGACUACGAGUACGUUUCCAAGGCCAAAGACGCCCUUAGAUUACUCAUGGACGACGACAACAACAACAACAAGGGUGUUCCAAAACCAACCACCAUAAAUCAACAAAACUCUACAUUUUCUCUCCCACUAGUCAUUGUCAUAGAUGACAUAAACACCCCCACAGGAAUCCGUCUUGGUGAGCUAGAAUACGAGCAAAUGGUUCAUCAUGGUAAUCCAAAUUACGUCCCUGAAGAAAUCCAAGACGAGUGGACCCCAAUUGCGUUGAACUACACAUCAGGAACAACCUCGGAGCCAAAGGGUGUUGUUUAUAGCCACAGAGGAGCAUAUCUAAGCACCCUAAGCCUAAUCUUAGGUUGGGAAAUGGGAAGUGAACCGGUUUAUCUCUGGACACUACCUAUGUUCCACUGCAACGGUUGGACCUUCACUUGGGGCCUGGCAGCACGUGGUGGAACAAACGUGUGCCUUCGCACCACAGCAGCACGUGACAUAUACAGCAACAUAGUACUCCACAACGUGACACACAUGUGCUGUGCACCUAUUGUGUUCAACAUAAUCCUAGAGGCAAAACAAAGUGAGAAAAUUGACAUAAAGUUGAAAAGAAAUUCCCCGGUUGAGAUUCUAACUGGGGGAGCACCACCACCAGCAUCAUUGCUAGAGCAAAUUGAGUCACUUGGGUUUCAUGUGACACAUGCAUAUGGGCUAACUGAGGCAACAGGGCCAGCACUUGUGUGCGAGUGGCAGAAGGAGUGGAACAUGUUGCCAAAGAAGGAGCAGGCCCAAUUGAAAGCCCGUCAAGGGGUGAGUGUGUUGACUAUGGCUGGUGUUGAUGUGAAGAAUCUUGACACAAUGGAGAGUGUGCCAAAGGAUGGAAGGACAAUGGGGGAGAUUGUGCUGAAAGGGAGUGGAAUCAUGAUGGGGUAUUUCAAAGAUCAUGAGGCAACUUCAAAGGCCUUUUUUGGGAGUAAUAAUAGUAAUGGUGAUUGGUUCAGAACUGGGGAUGUUGGAGUGAUUCACCCUGAUGGGUAUUUGGAGAUUAAGGAUAGGUCCAAAGAUGUGAUCAUUUCAGGAGGGGAGAAUAUUAGUAGUGUUGAAGUUGAGUCUCUUUUGUAUAGGCAUCCUAGGGUGUUGGAGGCUGCUGUGGUGGCAAUGCCGCAUCCUAGGUGGGGUGAAAGUCCUUGUGCUUUUGUGUCAUUGAGGAAGAACAACAACAACAACAACAACUCAUCAAAAAAAAUUGAUCAUGUCACUGAGGCUGAGAUAAUUGCAUAUUGCAGGAAGAAUUUGCCACACUUUAUGGUGCCUAAGGUGGUGAAGUUCAUGGAGGAGCUGCCAAAGACUUCAACUGGGAAGAUUCAGAAAUUUGAAUUGAGGGUCAUGGCUAAGGCUUUCAUGGUGUCCGAGAAUAAUGUGCAGACCAAGAAUAAUAUCAACAAGAAGUCUAGCCAAGUGAGUCAAAAUAGUAUUGUUGGGGGGUAUAACAACGAGCAAGUUUUGGCUCUGUCUCGUCUUUGAAUUAGUAAUUAAGUGUUCAGAUCAGAUCUACUACUAAUGAUCUAGUGAGUCUUUGUUUUGGAAAAAAAAUGGAUAAAUGUGUGUACAUAUACUUAAGUAUCUAAAUGGCUAUAACUUCGAGUGUUCCGACGCAUUAAUGUAGUUUCUACUUGCUAGUAGUUUGAACUACUGGAGCUUGUUUUGGGGGCAAGUGCCACAUAUAUAAAUAGCUUCUUUUUAUUUUUCA